AUGAGUGAAACGCCUUCAACCAGUUACUCAGUGAAUCAGCCAAACUCCUCUGAGAGUGAGCAGACUUUAUCUACCCGCCAUUUCAAUGUCACUGAACCUGUUGUGGCCAAACGGAUCUGUUUCUACAAAAGUGGAGAUCCUCAGUUUAAUGGGAUUAAAAUGGUCGUGAAUAAUCGGUCUUACAAAACAUUUGAUGCCUUGCUCGAUAGUCUGUCGAAACGUGUCCCAUUACCUUUUGGAGUGAGGAAUAUUAGUACACCAAAAGGGAGACACAGCAUCACCAAUCUGGAGGAUCUUGAAGAUGGAAAAUCUUAUAUUUGUUCCCAUCAGAGGAAAAUAAAGCCCAUCAACCUUGAACGGGCUAGGAAAAAACCACUGCCCUGGCAGAUCAGCAGGCCUGUCAGCGCUCGUCGUCGAGCUGUGCAGUUAGCAAAGGAGAAUGAAGAUGGCUUUGGCCAGCGAGAAAGCAAAGUAACAACGCCCAAAAAGCUGCUUGUUUUCAAAAAUGGUGAUGUAAGACUCAGACGCACCAUAGUUCUGGGAAAGAAAAAUACACAAACCUUUGAGGCCUUUCUGGAUUAUAUGAGUGAGUUAAUGCAGUAUCCAGUUGUGAAGCUAUACACCACUGACGGCAGAAAGGUUCCUAAUCUUCAGGCCCUGAUAUUGUGCUCUGGAGCUGUAGUCGCAGCAGGGAGAGAGCCUUUUAAACCAAGCAAUUAUGAUCCUCUUGGGUAUUCACGACCUGCUAAAUUGCUGGGAAUGACAAAUCGUGUGUACCCAAAAGCGAAUGCCAAGUCAGAGAAUGAAAAAAUGAGAGUUGAAAAGGCCUCUAGCUCAAGAUCUCAGAUAUUCUCAGUUUCUUCUGAUAAAGGGUCCAGCAAUGAUAACACCACAAAUGAUAACAACUCAGAUUCUUCCUAUGCUCCCGACAAUUAUAAAGGUGUAGUAGGAAAUCAGUCACUUACUGGUGAAGAUUUAUCUGUGGCACAGUAUGAAGAUGACAUUGAGAAAUCUGUUCACCUUAAUCAAGAUGGCAGUAUGACAGUGGAAAUGAAAGUUCGAUUCAAAAUUAAAGAGGAAGAAACUAUAAAAUGGACAACCACAGUCAGCCGUGCUGGCCUUUCUGAUGACAAAAAUAUUGACAUUUGUGAUCCUGCAAGAGGUGCAGAAGACUGUUUAUCUAACAUAAAUGUAUCAGCAUGUAUAAAACCAAAAGAGGCUCCGUUUUUGGAGAACUACAGUAAUGAAGCAGGAGUCUCACUGCAGCAGUUUGGUGCAGAAGUGUCGGACAAAGAAUCAGAGUCUGAUUUAAAAACUGCUGAUUAUAGUAUCUGUCAGAUAAACACUUCUGCAGACCUAGAUGUAAGUAAUGUAUCUGAGGAUAAAACAAGACCUCGGUUUUAUAGGCCUCCCACCCCUGGGCCAAGACGUGUUAGACAAAAGAAAGCAGUAGUCGAAAGUGUCACCUUGGUAUCUGAGAAAGAGGUUCAGGAGAAGACAAUAGGACAGUUUUCCUAUAGUGAGGAAACACAGGAUGGUGAAAGCAAAUCUGAGUAUUGUAUGGUUGCUCAUUCAAGCAGCAAAAAAUCAAGUGUUAGUAAUCCAAAGCUUAGUGAAAUGAGUGACAAUGAUUUAUUAAAGCUUUCUUCAGAGAAUAUGAAGAAAGAAGAAAUGCUUUUUAAAGUAAGCCACAAGAGUCAUGAUUUAAUAGACACCUCAAACAGGAAGACAUUAGAUGUGCCUGAUAAGGACGAAUUGUUGAAGAAAAUAUUAGAGAAAUUAGUUAUAGAACAAGAUACAUAUAAUGGUUUAGUAUCAACCUGCAAAGAUUCAAUGAAUUCAAGACUCAAGGUUCAAGAUUCAAUGCAUUCAGCCUGUCCCAGACAUAGUCAGAUAGAGAUGAUGACUACUCCAAGUAGUAAGGCUCCCAUUGAGCAAAUAAAUCCAAUAACUGGAUUCUUUCCUACUGUUACUGAAAGUGAGAAUCAAAUCGGCUCCAGAACUGAAUCUGUUACGGCAACACAUCCCACUGAUGAAAGCCAGCCUGUACCUCCUCUCACCAAAAAGAAGAGAAAAUCAUUGUCUAACUUUCUAGAGCAAGGUAUACAUGAAAAUCAAAAAGAUGAAGAAUUCUUAGGGAUAAUUAAAGGUCAGGCAACAUAUAUCACAAGCAAAACCACACAGAAUUCCACAAUACAGGCUGCAAAUUAUUCUGAAAUGCCUCAGAAAAAAGGAAUGGAAUUUUUUGUCAAAACUAGUGAUGGCUCUGUUAAUUCAGACAAAAGCAUACAUCCUGAAGAUGAGUUUUGUCACCAGGUUUCGGUGCAACACCAACAAAAUGGAUUAUCAUCUAAUAAGAAAACAAGAGCUGAUAGGCAGUUGACCAAAGAGAAAAAACAAAAGAGAAUUAAGAAGAAUCUAAGUAAAGCAGCAAGUAAAUUAAGUAUGUCAGAGAGAGCCCUUACACUAGAGCUUCUGAAACAGGGGGAUUUUCAAGAUGAGGUUGCCGAGCAUUCACCUGAAAAUUAUGUUCAAACUUGGCUGAAAAACUUGUUACCGAAUGCUGUCUUACCCCCCAUAAACAAAAAAGAAGGCAAUGUAGAGAACACCAAUGCCUGUCCUUUUCCUAAAGAAAAUAUUGAUACUUUUAUUGGCAAAGAAACUAGAUUUAUCACAAACAAAGUGCAUGUGACAAGAAAAAAUAAUCUGAUUGAACAUAAUCUAACCAAAAAAACAUUAAAGCCUCUUUGUGAAUUGGGAGCUAUUGAAGAAUCAGCAAAACAUUCAUGUGGAAGACAAACUGACUCUUUGAUUAAUGCUAAUACAGCUAUAAUAGAAGAAGCUAACUAUUUACGACAGUCAGAUUUCCAUCAUGGCACUAAACUGCUGCUGUUUCAUGAAGCACAUGACAAAGAUAAAAAGAAGGCAGAAGCUGACGUUCAAGAUACCAAUCUGUAUCAAAGAAAAAGUUCUGAAGUUGCUGUUCAAGUUGAUUCUCCGGUUGUCGGUGAGAAAAUGGGAAUUGAGGUUCAGAACAAUUGUCUGUCUAGCACGUUGCUGCAUGAAUUACAAUCAGCUUUGCUUGGUCUCCAGAAAGAACACAGUGGAUGUAUAGGAAAAGCAUGCAGCCUUUCAGAUCUUUCUCCUUCAGUUUUUGGUUCUUCCUGCAAUCUCCUCAUAGCUUGGCUACUUGUACUGAAUCUGAGAGAGAGUUUGGUUGGCACAAUCAAAGAUGAUAUGCAAAAAACUACCUGUAGCUGUUCAGAAAUGUUUGCACAGUUACCAUUUCUGAAACAAACUACAGUCAUAGAAAAAAUUGACGAAUUGAAGGGUGCUGUUUCGCAUUUUGAACAAUCAACAGAAAAUAACUUACUGCAGUCUGGGAGGGAACUCAAAAACCAGGACUCUACACAUUGCCAUGAAAAUAUGCCCGUAUCUGAAAUUCAUAGUGGUAUACAUUUGCAUAAAAAUGAAAACUCAGUUGCAUCCAAUUUUCCAAAGGACAGUAUAAAUUCUGAAGAAGCUCAAAAAUUUGCUGGUGAAUUAGAGAGCUGUUCUGAUAUACAGAAAGAGCUUUAUAUAGCAACAGAGACUUCAGAUCUAAAUGACCUCAGUGCUCCCAAAACACUGCUGUAUGGUAAAAAUAAUUCAGAUAAUUGUAGCCUUCCGUCAGCUGUAAAGCCACCUGAAAGAAAUGAAGAAAUGGCUGAUGACUCAUUACAGCAAUCUCAAGAUGAAAACGCUGAUGCAUCACUCAGUAAUGAAGAGUCAGGAACUUCAGUAGAGCCUAACUCGACUGUUCAUAGUGUAACUUCUAAUGACAAAAAUCGUAUUUUAGAUCAGGUUACUUCUGAGGUAGAAGAUGAAAAAGAUAUCAUACAUAUUACUACCAAUAAAAACAAAGAUGAGAAAGUUGGCCCAAAGUCAGCAGAUGAUGAUGAAAAGCCAAAUAACCAACUUAAACAAGCUUCUGACACCUCUACAGAAUAUGAUUAUGAGGAUGAUUCUACACAGGAAGGGAGGAAAGACACAGAAACGCAUGAGGAAACUUCUGAGAGGUUAUCUACCCCCUCUCCAUUGUCUUUUUGUUAUGAAUCUAAGCAAAUUACAGAAUGUGAUGUAAGUGAAGGAGAACAGAAAUCGCAAGUAGAAGCACUGGAGAAUAGAACAUGUUCAGAUACUUCUCAAUUAAAAAAAUGCUUAAAAAGUCCUGCUACGUCAGACUGGUCAGAUUACAGACCUGACAGUGAAGAGAGUGAUUAUAACUUUAGAGCAUCCAGUGAUUUGACCAAUGAAAGCGGAGAGGAAGCAGUACUUGAAAAACAUUAUAAUACUGGCUAUGUAAAAAGGACUAUUGAACGACUUUAUGGUAAGACAGAAGCUUCGUUUAAGCCUCACUUUCACACAGGAGUUCCUUAUAUGUCCAAAGUAUUUCAAAAGGAUACUGAAGUAUUCCACUCUACAGUGGUGGAAAAGAAAGUUUCUUUUUUUCAAGAACCUAGGUCUUAUUCUGCAGAGAAAUUGUCACAUCCACUGCCAUCACAAGAAUUUCCAGAAAACGUAAGCAAAGAUGACAUUAUGAGGAGAAGAGAAAAUAUUUCUUUACCAGCGCCACAACCUACUCUUAAAGGAGAAGAAACAACUUGUACUAAUAACUGCUCAGGGGAAUCUCGAAAGCACUGUUGUCAACCUAGUAUACAUCCUAAUGAAGAUGAAGGAAUAUUGAUUGAUAACGGCAAAUGGCUUCUUAAAGAAAAUCAUUUGAUCAGAAGAUCACCACCUGAAAGGAUUGGAAUGUAUGGUAAUUUGGAUACAACAUCAACAGACACAGUGUUUGAUACUAAUAGCGAAGAUGCUCCGUACUCACACUUUGGCAAUCUGACUCAAUAUCCAGUCCUCAAUGAAAUCUCUUCUUCAGAACUUGAAGACAUGGCUAAACCCUCUGAAAACGUUUGUUACUAUUUCAAUGUACCUCAUAAUAGUGAUUCAGACCCUUUUCCAGAUGAUUUGAGUACAAAAAACAAACCUAGCCUCAAUUGUAAAAUCACCUCUCUUCCUGUAGGAAACAAAGAAAAGAUCAACCCAUCGGUAAUGGUAUGUUCUACUUCCAAAUGUCUUUCCACGGAGACUAGUACCAGUUUUCCACCCUUUACAUCUGUGGAAUUUAGAUUGCCUGAUAACAAGGUGCAUCCAUUAGAACAGCCUUUAAGUGACGAACCAAUACAGUCUCAGCCAACUGAUGUCAGUAAUGCUAACAGAAGUGCUCUUCAGGAAGAAGACUCUUUGGAUAAGCUCCAUGCGAUAUGUGGCCAACACUGUCCAAUACUGAUGGCAAUUGUAAUACCAAUUAAUGAGGAACAGAGAGGAUACGCCUACCAAAAGGCAUCUGACAUUGAGAACCAGCUAGGUCUGUGUUUAUCGGCCAAGAAGAGUCAACAUUUACCAUGGUCAGGCAAAGAUUUAAUAAAAGAUGAAAAUCAUCGUGUGACUAUGAAGGGUAACUGUAUCAGUAAGAUUGCCAAUAAUAUUUUUAAUAGGUUUUAUGCUAAUAACAUGCUAGAUUUCGUUAAUAACUUUGGAGUACUUACAUCUUCAACCCUGAAAGACAGAAGCAAUUUAGGGAAGUUACAUUUUGUAGAGGAUAUGAAGGUAAAUCCUGUGGAGAUCAGCAACUGCCAAAAUAGUGUAUCUAAACAUACACUUAGUGAUGUAGCAGUAGGUCCAAACAGUGAGCUACCAGAUACAAAACAAAAAAUAUGCCAAAGCUUAAGAAUAAGCCUAAUUCAUAUUGUUGAAGAAAAAUUGUCUCCCUUGUUGACAGAUCCAGCAGAAGCCUGUCAUUCUGAAAUAUUGCUGAAAUGUGAAACUUCUUUAAAUAGUGUCGAACAUAAUGCCUCUGAAAUUCUGAAAAAUGAAAAUGUCUAUCCUACAGGGGCAGAUGAAGAAGCUGGGAAAUGGAAGUUGUCAGUCCGCACCGGUGAUAUGCCAACUGCAGGAACAAGCUCACAGGUUUAUGUUACGUUGUAUGGGGACCGCAGCAGUUCAGGACCUAUUUUUCUUGAUGGAGAGGAAGGGAAAUUAUUUCAGAGAGGCAAUGAAGACAUCUUCACAAUUAAUACUGGAAACAUAGGAGAUCUCUACAAAAUACGCAUAGGACACACAAAUGCAGGGAACUUCCCCGCAUGGCGCUGUGAUGAGGUGCAGUUACUGAACCUGUACUCAGGGGAGCAGUUUUACUUCCCUGCACAUCGAUGGCUAGCCUGGGACCAAGCUGAUGGAGAAAUCUGUCUGGAGCUUCCAGUUUUACAUCAGGGUCAGCCUAUUCUUCCAGUGACCGUCUAUGAAGUGCACGUGACAACAGGAGAGCUAUGGAAUGCUGGAACUGAAGCUGAUGUCUAUAUGUCUGUUUAUGGAGAAAAAGGUGAUACGGGAUCAAGACAACUGCACCGGUCACAGAAACCUAAGAAUUUUUUAAAAGGACAAACUGACAUCUUUCCUGUUGAAGCUGUGCACCUUGGACCUUUGUACAAGAUUGUUAUUGGACACAAUGGUCUUGGCUCAGGAAAUGGCUGGUUUCUGGACAAAGUUGUAAUUAAGGACCCUAUCACAGAUCUGGAUUAUACUUUCCUUUGUCACAGAUGGCUGGACCAUGGGCAGGAUGAUGGCAAAAUUGCUAGAGAACUGACUGUGACAGAUGCCAGCCCAUUUUCUGGAAGACAAGAGCUGGAACUCAAGAGAGAAGAAAGUUGGGCUGCUGAAAAGUGGAAGUUUCAAGAAGGCAAUACACUUCAGUUCUACAACAGGCUCACCCGUGGUUUCAUAUGCCUCAAUCCAGAUGGCAAAGUUGAUGCUCUUGGUGACAAGAAAAACAAAUAUGGUCUUUUUGAUGUAAUUGUCAAAAGGAGAAAUACAUGUAUAUUCAGCAGUCAUCAGAUGCCACAUCUUGCUCUUGCUGUUGUCAAUGGCCAUGUAACUGGAAAGCACAAAGGUGAGACUCACUGUGAACUGUGUGUUCACCUUCAACCAAAUUGCUGUGCCAUUCUGGAGUCAGCCAGGAAUCCAGGUCACACUGUUACGUUCAGUCUUCAAGGCAAAGUAGCUGAUGAAACAACAGGAUAUGCUGGACUUUCCAAAGAAUUUGUUGUGCAUGUUAAGGACUGCGAGAUGAAAAGUGAUCCUCUUCCACGAGGUGGAGCUAAACUACAGUUUAACAGGGUGUAUUUCACCAUGGUGCCGUCAUUCUGCUCAACACAAGCCUCUGCCAGGCUCUCUCCCUUGGGCCUGAUGGCAGAUGCAGCGGAGCGGCUGCAUAAAGUCAGCUCUGGAGUCUGCAUGUUUGAAAGUGUGAGAAACCCACGAAUGUAUUUGAAGAUAAAAGAUGGCCAGUGUAACGGAACAGGCACAGGUGAUGAAUACUGUCACUUUAAAAUUGAGCAUAAUUUGGAAAGCGGGUCUGUAAGCCUCGAAUCAGUGCGAAACAAAGGAAUAUAUGUUGGUCUUCUGCCAGAUGGCCAGGCUAAGCCAGUCAUUCACACUGGAGAGAGAAACAUUUUAUUCUAUCCCCAGGUCAUCAAAUUUGGCCGGAAAGAGCCUAUGGGAACAUCUGCAGCACCCAACCGAAAGAAAAAAGAGUUCAGAGAAUUUGAACACCAACCAGCAUAUGAGCUAUCUGAACACCAGCCAGCCCAGAAGCCAGUAUCUGAAAGCCCUUUAACUUUUCCACCCACAAAGGAAAUGAGAAAUCCCCAAGGUGUUGAGUGUCCCCUUCCUUCAGAUGAUGAAUGGAAAGUGUCAGUGCUGAAAGGAAAUUCAGGAACUCAAGUAAAUGUCACUCUCUGGAUAUAUGGAGACAGAGGAAUAGCUGGACCAAUAACUCUUGUCAAGGACAACAGAGAGCAGCUGUUUCUUCCCAGGCAGGAGGAUGAAUUCCAGAUUAAAAUAAAGAGCAUUGGGAAUAUCUACAAGAUAAGAAUUGAACAUGAGGGAGCAAGUGAACAAUCAGAGUGGAACUUACAAAGGGUGACACUACAACAUCUGAAGAGCAAGAAAGUACUGAAUUUUCCAGCAAACACAUGGUUGUCAAAGACUCGUGAUAACAGAGAUCUUCCCUGUGAACUUCCAGUAGUGGAAGCUGGAAAACCUGUCUAUCCAAUUAUUUUAUACCAUGUUUAUGUCUACACUGGCCACUUGGAGCAAGCUGAUACAGAUUCUGCAGUUUACCUGUGUAUCUAUGGAAAAAGAGGAGAUACUGGUCUGAGACCUCUGCAUAAAUCUGGUAUGCCAGUGAAAUUUCAGAGAGGAAUGGUCAAUGCUUUUGAAGUGGGAGCUGUAUCUCUUGGAAAACUGCAGAAGGUGCUGUUGCGCUGUGAGGCUAAUACUAAGUCUCAGUAUUGGUACUGUGAUAAAGUCGUCGUCAGAGAAGCUGAGAAGACCUUGGAAUAUGUUUUCAGUUGUGAAAGGUGGCUUCCGUUUAUGUCCCAAGGUGUAAUUCAUUCAGAAAUUGAGCUGUACCCUCAAGAAGGAGAUUGGAAGAUUACUGUAGUCACCGGGGAUUUUGAAACAGCUGGCACAACAGCAACAGUGUCCCUUUAUGCUUAUGGAGAAAACAAAGCUUCUGGUCCUAUUAUUUUGGGAUCUGGGAAACACCAGCUGUUUAAUCCCAACAGUGCCGAUACAUUUAAGAUUAAUCUCAGGGAUCUUGGGCAGCUCUAUAAAAUUCGCAUUGGCCAUGACAACACUGGAGAUGAUCCCAGUUGGUACCUGGAGGAAGUCAGACUUCAAAGAGUUGUCCCUAUUUCUGAUCAGGAGAUUCGUCUCCCCAUAGAGUGCUGGCUCGCAGAAGACAAGGAUGAUGGGGAUACAUGGAGAGAAGUGGCAAUUAGAAACCUCACAAAGGAGCUUUUGCCAUUGUUGGUGUAUGAGAUCCACGUAUACACAGGCUCUAAACUUGGUGCUGAAACAGAUUCUAAUGUUUACAUCAAUCUUAUCGGAACGAGAGGAGAUGCUGGCAAGAGGAAGCUCCACAGAUCCAAGAAUAAUAGUGUAAAGUUUCAACAUGGACAGAUGGAUAUUUUCUGCAUAAAGGCUGUCUCACUGGGAGACUUGGAGAAAAUUCUGAUUAGCCAUGAUGGAGCUGGUCCAGGCAAUGGGUGGUUCCUGGAUAAGAUUGUCAUCAGACAUGAAGAGGGAAAGGAAGCUCAAGAGACUGUAUUUCCUUGUAAUAGAUGGUUAGAUGAAUACCAAGAUGAUGGGAAAACUGAAAGAGAGCUAACUGCCAAAAAAUAUAGCAAUGCGAAGAUGGCAUUCUCCAAAGCACAACAGUGGAGAGUGCGGGUUAAAACAGAUGGAGAUUCCCCAGAGCCACAGAAGUGUAAAAGGACCCUUGUGAUUUAUGGCUCAAAGGGCAAAAGUGAUGACCUUCUGCUUUCUCCACAAAACCCAGGAUCUGUAUGCUUUCUACCCAGAGCAACAGAUGAAUUCAUUAUUGAAACUGGAGAUGUGGGAGAUGUAUACAAGAUUCGGGUUAGCUGUGAUGAUAUGCCAGGCUUCGAGGGUUGGCAUUUGAAGUCUUUUCACAUAGAAGAGCUACAUACAAAACAAGAAUUGAACUUUGACUGUAGCUGCUGGCUCUCUCUUAACAGAGAAGGCAGGGAGCUGGUGAAAGAAUUCCCUGCAGUGAAUGAAGACAAGAAAAUUUUACCAGUCUAUAAGUAUGUUGUCUCUGUACACACUGGUGACCGCUGGGGAGCAGAAACCUUUGCAAAUGUUUAUAUCACUCUCUAUGGCAAAAGAGGGGACACAGGUGUGAGGAAACUUCACACAUCUUUAGCAAACAGAAGAAAAUUUCAAAGGAACAAGGUGGAUUCAUUUUUGGUGGAGGCUGUUUCUCUGAGUCAUUUGCAAAAAGUGGUCAUACAACACGACGGAGAAGGAUAUGGGGCUGGGAUGUACCUCAAGAUGGUAACGGUCAAGGAGUCUCAGGACUCAGACAAAGAAUGGGUCUUCCCAUGUUGGAACUGGCUUGAUACUCACCUGGGAUUAUGUGAGACUGUUUGUGAAAUUUUGACAGUUGGUAAAAGAUUGAUUUCUAGUCCUAAACUGCCUGAAAUCAACAUGCAGUCAUCAGGUCUCUGGAUAAUGGACAUCACUGGAUCUGACUUGAACGAUGAAGUGGAUCCAAUACACCUCUCUCUCAUCUUCUAUGGGGACCUGAAUCACAAAAAGUUGCCACUUCAAAUUACAGGAAAAGCAAUUCAAAUCAAAGAUGAACUGGCAGGUAUUGGCUCAGUCUACAAAGUUCAGGUAUCUGGCCCACAUAGCAAUUUAAAGCAGCCAUGGCACUUAGAUUUACUGCAUAUGAAGCACACGGGCACGAAUGAAGAGAUGUAUUUAGCUUUUGACUGCUGGUUCAACCCUAACGAAGACAAAUGUGUGGAACUGCCAGCUCUCUAUGCAGAUCAGGAGCCUUUGCCUGUUGUGGAAUAUUCAAUCCAUUUGCACACGGGAGACUUGAAGAAAGCAGAUGCCACUGGUGAGGCUUAUCUUUGUAUUCAAGGAGAAAGGAGUGACUCGGGGAAACGAUGUCUUAACUCAAGAAACAGCCUAAUCACUUUUGCGAGAGGGCAGAAUAUGGGUGCCCUAUGCCAUGUUCCUCAAGAACUGAUCGCACCCCAAGCUCGGAUUUCACAAAAGAAAUCAGAAAAUAAUAAUAGAAUGGUAGGGCUCAUCGAGCUUAAAGCGGUGGAUGUUUUCAAAAUCAAAGCAGUAUACCUUGGCAAGUUGAACCAAAUUCUUGUUGGAUUUAAGAGUCCAAAAAAAGAUGACUGGUUCUUGGAAAAAAUUGUUAUAAAAGAAGUCAUUUACCCUUUCUCCACACACAUCUUUGUUCACAAUGACUGGAUCAAUAAAUGCUCUAAGAAAGAUUUUGCAGAAGUGGUAAUUCCACUCAAAGAAACAUCUGUGACACCUCUUCUCACAAAAGAAUUUCAUACUAAAAGCCAAGGACGAUGGCAAACAUGGGUGGACUGUGUGCAUGCACCAGAAGAUGUUCCUGAUAUUCAAAUUGUUAUAUUUGGGGAAAAGGGGAAAUCCCCUGCACAGAAAGUUCAGAAUCUGAACAAUAAUCCAUUUUUGGUGACUGUUGGUGAUAUUGGAAAUAUAACAAAAGUUUCCUUUCUAUUAUCUGGUCCAUAUUUCGGAAGAGGAAUUAAACUGCAGAAGCUUCGUCUGAAAGACCUGGACACUAAACAAGACUUGGGCUUCUCCACUGAAGCCCAGUGUCUAUUUGGAGAAGAUGGGUCAGAGACCGUGACAGAGCUAGCAGCAGUCAGACCAGAUAAGACACCACUCAGGGAAGUGCUGUAUUCAGUCAGUGUUCAUAUGGGAACAUUGCCUGCAUCAGGGACUGAUGCAGAUGUGUUUAUCACAGUAUUUGGAGAGCAGGGAGAUUCCUGCAAAAGGAGAAUAAGACACUCAAAUUUUGAAAGAGGACAGGUUAGUGUGUCUGAAUUGAGAGCAAUAGACCUUGGACUGUUAAGCCAAGUACUUGUUGAGCACAGUAAUGUGGGUUAUGGAGCUGGAUGCUAUCUGGACCAAAUUGUCAUCCAUGAAUCAGGCAAGAUGGAUGGCCAAUAUGUGUUUUUAUGCCAGCAAUGGUUGGACAGCGGAGUUGGUGAUACAAGGAUGGAACGAAUGCUGAGACUUCUUGGAAAAGUUAUGUUUAAGGCUGAAACAACCAUACAGAAAUAUAGCUUAGAUAUGAUUAACAUCUCUUGGACAAACUGUCUCUCCAAACACUUUCCAAAGCUGGUAAAUACAGUUAAAAUGUUCAGAGAAGAAAGACGAGCAUUAAGCGAUGGAGACAAUGAAGAAAGUGUGUUUUUAGUUGAGGCUUGUAAAAAGAUGAGGCAGAAAGAGGUAAAGCUGCAACACAGAGAAAGUAAAAAUACCCUAGAAUUUCCCUUUUCUCGCAACUUUGCAGAUGAGGAAGGAUUAGCAGUGGCAGAGCUUCCAGUUCUCAUAGCUGGCUUUGCUUUUCCAGCAGUGAAAAACUAUAUUCUCCAUAUCACUACGGGAGCAUCCCCUGGGUCAGGAACAGAUGCAGAUGUGUAUGUCACGCUGCAAGGUCUUUUGGGAGAUACAGGCAGAAGAAAAUUAGCAAGAAAAGGAGAUGAUCAUUUCACUAAAGGAAAGGUAGAUGUGUUUCAAGUGGAAGCAGUGGAUGUUGGGACUCUGCAAGGGGUGGUUGUUGAAAAAGGGAAAGGCUCUGACUGGCUUCUGGAGAAGAUUAUUGUGAAAGAGCCAGCAGCUGCAGGGACAGAAACUCUGUUUAUGGCUCAAUCAUGGCUAAAAGACAAACGUGAUGGAAAAAGAUCUGCUUCGGUAACUCUGAAUGCCACAGGUCAGUAUUAUUUUCAAACUAUUAUUUGCUAA